AUGCAAUUAGUGACACUUUUCGGUCUUGUUUUGCUCGUGACUCUUGCAGUUGGUCAUGAAGCCGCCGAUCUAAAGCAUUACAUAGUCUACAUGGGACAACACUCGCACCCGAGCUCAGAAUCUGUCAUUAUGGCUAACCAUGAGAUGCUGGCAUCGGUUCUUGAAAGUUACAAAGGAGCAAAAGAAGCAGCGAUCCACCAUUAUACUAAAAGCUUCAGAGGCUUCUCUGCUCGGCUUACACCCGAUCAAGCAACAAAACUUUCAGAAAAUGAAGGUGUUGUUUCGGUCUUUGAGAGCAGAAUGAAUCAAUUGCACACGACUAAUUCAUGGAGAUUUCUCGGAGUGGAAUCUCUCUCACAAUACAACAAGCCUCCAGCAGAUAUAAAAUCAGAUGUAAUUGUCGGCGUCAUUGACACUGGCAUUUGGCCAGAGUCAGAAAGCUUCAGUGAUUAUGGAUUAGGUCCUGUCCCGAAGAAGUUCAAGGGAGAAUGUGUGCCGGGACAGAAUUUUACACGAUACAAUUGUAACAGGAAGCUAAUAGGUGCCAAGUACUACUCGAAAGGAUGGGAAGCCAUAAAUGGACGUCUUGAGGAUUCCAACCUUACAUUUUUCCGAUCACCAAGAGAUAGUGAGGGUCAUGGUAGUCACACAUCAUCUACUAUUGCUGGAUCAAUGGUCUCUAAUGCCAGCUUGUAUGGGCUCGGUUCAGGCACCGCAACAGGAGGUGUACCAAGUGCUAGACUUUCCAUAUACAAAGCUUGCUGGUUCAAAGACUGUGAAGAUGCCGACAUCCUUGCAGCAAUUGAUGAUGCUAUUCAUGAUGGUGUGGACAUCAUCUCUAUGUCUCUUGGCCCAAUUCCACCCCAAACAAUCUUCUUUGAAGACGCGAUUUCGAUUGGAACUUUUCAUGCAUUUCAAAAGGGAAUUGUGGUAUGUGCAUCUGCUGGGAACAGCUUCUUGCCACGUACAGCGACCAAUGUGGCUCCGUGGAUCCUCACAGUCGGUGCUAGCACGAUCAAUCGUGAGUUCCCAUCCUAUAUACUUCUCGGAAAUCUGAAACAAUUGAAGGGUUUUGCUGUAAACACUAUGCCAGAGCAAGGGAAACAAUACAGUUUGAUAUCUGGUUCGGUUGCUGCAGCUUCCGGGAUCCCUUCUAGAAAUGCAAGCUUUUGCAAGAGAGAUACACUGGAUUCGGACUUGAUCAAGGGGAAGAUUGUGGUGUGUACCCUUGAGAUGUUGACCGAUGAUAGAAAAGAGAAAGCGGCUGCGAUAAAAGAAGGUGGUGGUGCCGGGAUGAUCCUCAUUGAUCCUCUUUCAAAAUAUGUUCUAUUCCAACCUGUGAUUCCAAGUGUUUUGAUCGGACAAGCAGAAGCUCUAGAACUUCAAUCUUACAUGAACACCGAAAAGAACUCAACAGCUAGAAUCUAUCUUACAGUAACACACGUUGGGACUAAACCAGCACCAGCAAUGGCGAUCUUCUCUUCCAAAGGACCAAACAUUAUAACACCCGAUAUCAUAAAACCUGAUAUAACUGCACCAGGAGUGAACAUUUUGGCAGCAUGGUCACCUGUCUCGACUGAAGACACUGCUGGCAGGAGCAUCAACUAUAACAUAAUAUCAGGCACUUCUAUGGCGUGUCCACACAUAGCUGCAGUGGCAGCACUAUUAAAAUCUGUACACCCAUACUGGAGCCCAGCCACAAUAAAAUCUGCAAUAAUGACGACAGCCACGACCACCGAUAACACUGCAAACCUCAUAAAAAAUGACGAUUCUACAACUGCAACCCCUUUUGAUUACGGUUCAGGACAUAUAAAUCCAGCUGCAGCAAUAGAUCCUGGACUCAUUUAUGAUUAUGAUGACAAUGAUAUCAUCAACUUCCUAUGCAGCUAUGGUGCAAGCUUUGCCCAACUCAAGAACUUGACUGACACACCAGUUACUUGCAAGAAUUCUUCCACACCCUCCUAUAACUUCAACUAUCCGUCCAUUGGUGUAGCUAAUAUGGCUGGAAAAUUAUCUGUGUACCGCACCGUUACCUACAUGGGCCAAGGCCCGGCUGUUUAUUAUUCAAAGCUAGAACUGCUUACAGGAGUAAAAGCAUCAGUUUAUCCUAAUGUGUUGAAGUUUGCGAAAGCUGGGGAGAAGAUGACUUACAGGGUAGAUUUCAUACCUUAUAAGAGCAGCAAUGGCAGCUUCGUGUUUGGAUCAUUGACAUGGUGGAACAAGAUUCAUAGUGUUAGGAGUCCUAUUGCUGUUAAUGUGGUUUCAAUUUAA